AAACGCACAAUAACGGCGACGGCGGCAAACGGAUCGCCGCCAGCCAGCAACCGCAUAAAACCGAACCUAAAAUGGCCGACCGCCUGUAGUAUUGUUCGGUAUUAAUGUCGUUAGGUUUGCCGUGAAAGUUGGACGAUUUUAUUUUACUUCCUGUGUUUACAUCGCCGUCGCGACCACGAUAGAGUUAAACUAACUAUUUGAAGUUGAAAUGGCUGCCGAUCCAGACCAAGAAAGGUCAUCAACUGCUACGUCCAAUACAUGUUUGAUUUGUGAUGGCAGUACUGGAGUAUCAGCUCGAAAUGCUAUUUCGAUAUUUCAACACCGGGUAACGUCAUCAGACCGUACUGUUGUUAAAGUGAUAGAUGGCGUUUUAGGAAUAACUCUAUCUUCUGAAGAUGUCCACUCCAUUGUUGUGUGUCGUCGGUGUUUUAAAUCUCUAAAUGAAGUGGAUGAUCUUGAAGAUAGAUUAGCAGAUAUCAAGUUGGAGCUAACUACACAGUAUCAGCGUACUCUCAAGAGUAAAUCAGAAGGUAUGGAUGUCCAUACAAUUGAAACUAUUGAUGUUGAACAAGAAGCAGAUACUCCUAAACCAGUUAAGAAACGUGGGAGACGUCCUAAAAUAAAAGAAGAGCCCGUGGAUACAUCAGUAGCAAAUGCUGAAUCCGUUCAAGAAGACAUUAUAAAUACAAAUUUGGAGAAACAAAAAACUUCAUCAGUAGAGAAUUUAAUCGAAAUGUUAGAAGACGAUGAUAAAGACAAUGAAGAAUCUGUAACCAAUGGCAUUGAAGAAAAUCAUUCUGAAAAAUUGAUUCCACCUAGCGAUAUUAAACAAGAAGCAGUUCAUCCAGAAUUAGAAAAUCUUGAAGAUGAAGAAUUAGAUGACAGUACAUUGCUAGAUGAAGAUGAUUCAGAUUAUGAAGAAAGUGGAGAAGGGAAAAAUAGUGGAACAAGUAGCCCCAAAAAACCAAAAGUAUCUAAAAAUGCUAUGAAAAAAAAAGCUCCAGAAAUUCUUAUACCACAAAUGUUGGUUCAUCAUGACGGUGAAGUUUACACAUGCUUGUUGUGUAGCGUAGAAAAUAAAUUCACAUCAGAUGCUAGAGGCAUUGUUCUUCACGCUAAAAAUGUGCAUCAAAUAAAACUUUUUAUUUGUGAUAUUUGUGGACAAGAAUUUUUAAAAAGACCAGAAUUGAUGACACAUUUAGAAAAUCAUGCCAAUAGCGAGGACGGCAAUUUCGUUUGUGAUAUUUGCAGCAGAGUUUUUAACAAUGUACGCAUGUUUAGGGUGCACAAAAAAAUGCAUAUGCCACAAUCUAAAAAUCAUACGUGUGAAACAUGUGGACGGCAAUUUGCAUCACGGAACACAUUAGAAGAACACAAUAAUACACACACUGGUGUCCGUCCAUACCGUUGUGAAAUAUGCGGCAAAGACUUUACUUCAAAAUAUACAUUUAAAGCACAUGAAAAAGUGCACACAAAUCGUGAACGUAAUUUUACUUGCAUCAACUGCGGUAAAGCCUUUCUUACUGAACAGAAUCUCAUCCAUCAUGAGAGAACGCAUUCCGGGCUUAAAAACUAUGUGUGUCAAAAAUGCGGUAAAGCUUUUGGUACUGCUCGUAACUUAGAAGUUCACUAUGUUGUGCACACCGGUUAUAAGCCAUUUAUAUGUCGGAUGUGUGGUAAAGCUUUUGCUAGAAAGGCUGAGAUCAGAGAUCACGAACGUAUACACACUGGAGAAAAACCGUACCAGUGUGAGUUUUGUGGUGCUACGUUCAGCCAACGAAGCAACUUGCAAUCUCAUAAACGUGCUACUCACUAUGACGACAAACGUUAUAAAUGCACCGAUUGUGGCAAGGGAUUCAAGAGACGUCGUUUAUUAGACUAUCAUAUGAAAGCUGCACAUACGGGUGAACGACCUUUUAAGUGUGAAGUUUGUCAAGCAUCAUUCAUUUAUCCCGAACAUUUUAAAAAGCACGCUCGUAUUCACACUGGUGAAAAACCAUAUUUAUGCGAAGUCUGUGGGAAAGCUUUUAAUAGCAGAGAUAACAGAAACGCUCAUCGUUUUGUACAUAGCGACAAAAAACCAUAUGAAUGUUUAGUGUGUGGUGCCGGGUUUAUGAGAAAACCGUUGCUAUAUAACCACAUGACUCAGGCCGGUCAUUUGAAUGAUACCAUUGUUGUAAAUCAGCCUCGAUUAGCAUCUAGUCCAGUGACAAUACAAGAAAUUCAAGAAGAUAUCCAAAUAGCUGGCACAGAUUCUGAAUUGGAAAUGGCAAUGGUCGUAGACGCAGACGGGAACCAAACAGCAUUGCGUGAUAUGACUGAGGAAGAAAGAAAAAUGUUUGCGGGAGGAUUGAAAGAACACAUGUUACUACCCAACAAACAAGAAGAUUUGAGCAACGACUUAAAUACUGUCGAACAAAUACUAGUUGACAACAAAUACCAAAUUCAGUAUACAACCACUGAUCAACAUGGAGACGUACACACUAUGUUAAACAUGGAUCACAACGACGAUACUGAAGUUGUGGAUGUUAGCCAUAUGGAAACGGUAACAGUCAGUGUUGGUGGCCAAGAACACCGACAAUUAAUAGUACCAGCUACUCGUCACAUUACACUGAAUGAGAGUGAUGCAGCUGCAUUUGAACACGCCACCAUUAACGGUGAAAAUGUACAAAUUGUACAGAUACAAAUACAAGAUGAGGACGGAGAAGAUCAAAAACAUUGGUUUAACAUCAUUCAACCGCAACAAGGAUAAUUUAUAAAAUACAAUUGCAUCCUUUUUUAUUUGAUUUGUGCAUAAGACUAUUUAUGAGUAUUUUUACUUUUAACUUAAGCUUGACCUUGACAUAGUACUAUAUUGUUUAAGUUUAUAUAAGAAUCUUGUACUUUUUUAAAGUAAAAAAUCAUGAAUUAAAUAACAUCAUUUAUAUUUAUACACUUUUAUUUUGUCUAUAUUAAACAUUUUAUAUAUUUUAAAUCUUACAAGAUAUUUUCUCCCUCAUUUUGUAAAAAGCUUAUAGUAUACAAUCGGAUAGGUGUCCUUGACUUAAUUUUUAUUUAAAU